UUUAUGCUUUCUUUUCUCAGGACAAGGAAAAACCUGUGAAAGUCUCCAAGAAGCUGGUUAUAGAGGAAGGUGAGCAGGUGCUGAGUGAAGAUGGAGAAGAACACGAGGAAGAAGUGGAGAUUGAAGAAAUCAUUGAGGAAUCUCGUGCCGAGCGCAUCAAACGCAGUGGCAUGCAGAAGGUCGACGAGAUAAAGAAGGCCUUCAGCAAGGAGCAGAUGGAAAUAAACAAACAAAAAACCAAGGAUAACCUGGAGAAAACCAGACAGAGAACUAAAGAGAACCUGGAGAAAACGCGUCAAAGAACCCGAGAGAACAUCGCGAAGACCAGGAAGACCUUGGGUAAAAAGAUGGGGAGGCUGAGAACAAGGAUCACGCCGAACGCCGAACGUCGCGAGAAAAUCCGUAGCUCCAGGGAGAAGAUGAAAAAGUCAUUAUCGCCUGAUCACACCGUCUACGCCCGCUCCAAAAUAACCACCUACCGCGUCCCGCCGUUCACCUUUUACGUGAAGAAGGACCGCGGGGGUGAGAUUGAGGCCACACCGGAGCCUCACCCAGAGGAACAGGUGGAGCAGCAUGAGGAGGUCCAGGUGGAGGAAGGAGUGACAAAGGUGGAGGAAGGUGAACUGGUCAAUCUGGACAGCCCAGAAAUGGAGGCCUUGCUAGAGGCAGCUGAUCACUCACGGCUGGUGAUACAGGAUACGGUGAGACCCAGGGAAAAAGCAGGCCAGUAAAUCCAGGCCGAAAGCCUGAGGAAAAGCUCAACGUUGAUAUGCGGUGUGGAGGUCUGGAGAUGAGUAAGAAUAAAUGGAUGUAGGGAAUUGGGAUGUGCUUGAUGAUGAUGGGUUAAGAAGGCAACGCAAUGUGGAAUAGACUUGACCUCUGGGCUGAACAUUUUGUUGGUUUGUUUCUUUUAUCUAUUAAACCCCAAGUUUGUGAUUUUUUUCUUUCAGAUGUCAAUUUCUAAAAUUGAUUAAUGGUCUCAUUUUAUUGUGAUAAAAUUGUACUCCAAGUACUUUAAAAUAGUUUGGUUGUGAUCUUAAAGAACAUGAAUGUAAUGUCACAAAGCUGAAUGUGUGUGGGGUGGUGCUAACAUAAAAAAAUAUAUAUUUUCAUAAAUACUCUUAUGACAUUGAUAUCCUAUUAGAUGGGAUGUUACGUUAACCUAAAUGUUAUUAUUAACGUUAAACCCAAACUAGGUAAAGCAAGAUAUUGUUUAAAUAUUUAUAUUAAAGUACCUUUAUCUGGACACACUGUAUUAUGUCUCACUUGGUUACAUGCAUGAUUUUAUGGGUAAAAAUAGCAGGCCCAAUGUUUAUCUGAACCUUUUCAAUGCAGUGAAUGAUAAAGUGUUGAUAUGAAAGUGAAACAGUACAGUUUAUGUGUUGUAAGGGAAAAUGAAUUCAGUUUAAA